AUUUAAAUUUUAAUCUAAAAUAUGUACGAAAAUCGUUCACAAUCUCGUGAUGGAGGGCGUGGUGGCCGCGACCAGGGCGAUGACCCGCCCAUGUCACGUCUAUUCAUCAUUUGCAAUAAGGCCCAUACCGAGGAAGAUUUUCGUGAAGCAUUUAGUCAAUUUGGUGACAUCGAAGAUAUCUGGGUGGUCAAGGAUAAACAUACGGGAGAAAAUAAAGGUAUUACCUAUAUCAAAUAUGCCAAGACAUCACAGGCGGCCCGGGCCCAAGAGGAAAUGAAUGGCAAGACAAUUGGUACACUGGAUAGGACAUUGAAAGUUUUGGUUGCGGCAAGUCGCAAUCAAGGUUCCAACAAAUCCGACAAUGAACAUGAAAAAUAUGUCCGCCUGUUUAUUGUUUGUCCCAAAACGGCCACCGAAGAUGAGUUACGCGAUGAAUUCAGCCAAUGGGGUAAAGUGGAAAAUGUCACAUUGUUGCGGGACAAACAGUCCGGUAAUCCCAAAGGUUUUGGUUAUAUACGCUAUGGUAAAUUCUAUGAUGCUGCUGUGGCCCUAGAAAAUUGUCCAGCCAAAUAUAAACCGGUUUUUGCUGAACCCAAAGAUUCGGGACGGUCUUUAUCCGCCAGAGAUGAUAAUGCAAUGAUGGGUGGCGGUCGUGGUGGUAGUGGUCAUGGAGGGCGCAUGGUUGGUGGUGGCGGUUUUAAUAAUAUGCCAUCUGCGGCUGCUGCUGGUGGUAGUUACAAUAAUUGGGGUGGUAUUUCUAGCAAUAAAGAAAUGGCACAAUUUCUACGUUUACAAAAUGUUCCCGUACCCAAUCCCACCUGCCUGGAGGUUAUUAUUAGUAAUUGUGUUAAUCAAGAUCAGCUGUGGCAAUUGUUUAAUAUUAUUCCUGGUUUGAAUAAUUGUAAAAUCUUGAGGGAGUGUGGUCCACGUACCAAUGAAGCCAUUGUUGUCUAUGACAGUCCUGAAGCAGCCAUAUAUGCAAGGGAUAAAUUACAUGGCCUGGAAUAUCCUGCCGGUGAACGCAUCAUAGCCAAAAUUUCUGGCAUGAGUUCUGCACGCAUUGAUACUUCGUUUAUUGAUAAACGUUCCAAAAUGGAUGCCAUCUGUAAUGUACCUCUGCCACCCGUUGAACCUAUGGCUUCGGCCGAUGCACAAUGUGCCCAGCGUUUAUUUAUUGUACUGGCAUCGAAUAUACCAAUAUCAAUUUUGAAAAAUGUCUUCUCCUGCUGGAGAGGGUUAAUGGAUGUCUAUCUAUUGCCAAAUAAAAAUUGUGGUUAUGUUAAAUAUGCCAACAAGAAUUCGGCAAUAAAUGCCAUGCAAACGUUGCACGGUGCUGAAAUAUGUGGUACGCGUAUAAAGGUAUUGGAAGCUGAGGAACGUGAUCACAAUAAUGAUGAUGGCGAUGGUAAUCGUAAACGUAUGCGUCGCAAUUAAAUGUAAGUAAAGAA